CGAUUCUCCCGGAGUGCCUUUUUCUUUUAAUGAAAACACAAAGAACACAGUCAGAAAACAACAAUACAAUAUUGAUUCUAAAUCUAGUAUCGGAAUUUGUGGAUAUAUGUUAGAACCCUGACUCCGCGCAUUACAUGUCUUGCGCAUGCGCGACCCUUCGGCCGUCAUGAAAUGCAAACUACAGCAGCUAAGCAGGUAGCAGCAGAGCGCAGCAGCCGUUGUCGUCACUCGGCGUCAUUCCAGGCUCCUGAUGCUGAAGCUCCACGACCAGAAGCCAUGUUGGGAUGUCGGAGGACUCGUUGACCACAAGCCGAUGAUGAUGAUGAUGAUGACGAUGAAGAUAAGAUGGAGGCGAUGAAGAUUUGAUCCUCUCGCUUUUAUGAGUGAAGCCCAACCAACACACGCAGGCCGGAUGGCGUUGGCGUCUCGCUUCUCACGCUCGCGCAGCACUUCCCGCUCGCCUGCCCGCCACGAUUCGCCACCACCGCCACCUGUCAGCGUGUCGGAGCUCCAAAGACUUUUGAGCAGCGGCAAAACAGCCUGCAACCACGCCGAUCAAGUCUGGCCCGGACUCUACAUCGGUGACCAAAACAUGGCGUCGGACCGGCGCGAGUUGGCACGCGUGGGCAUCACUCACAUCGUCAACUGCGCGCAGAGCAGGUGGCGCAGCGGCGCUGCCGACUCGUACGCAGGCAUGAACGUGACGUACUUGGGCAUCGAGGCGCAUGACUCUCCUGCCUUCGAUAUGAGCAAAAACUUUUAUCCUGCUGCUGACUUCAUACACAAAGCGCUCACUAAAGGAGGCAAGGUUCUGGUCCACUGCGCCGUGGGCCUGAGCCGCUCCGCCACGCUGGUCCUGGCCUACCUGAUGAUCCGGCAGAAUUUAACUCUGGUGGAGGCCAUCAAGACAGUGAAGGACCACCGCGGGGUCACGCCCAACCGAGGAUUCCUGCGCCAGCUCAAUGGGUUGGACGGCGUCCUGCGCGAGAGCCGGCGUGCCGCCGCCGCACGAGUCGGCUCCAACGGUAGCCAAUGAUCUGUUCCGAGAUGGCGUUUGGUGUCAAAUCAUGUUUAUGUCAGCUGGCCUUUUGGGGACCAACAUAAUUGUCAUAUUUGUCAAGUAACAAAAGAAAAGCUUCCCUUUGUCACACUUUCCUCAAAUUUUGUUCAGUAACAAAAUGUGCCAAGGUCAAUAUAUUUGUGGUUCUGUGUUGUGAUUUGUUGUCACUCAAGUCUUUUUUUGAAGAAGCACACAGUUGUUUGGGAAAUCAUUUUUAAUGCCUUAAUAUUUGAUUUUUACACUUUUCUUUGUAUGUUUUUAUGGUGGAAAAAUUUCUAUUUCAAACUGCCCGCUUUCAAUAAACUUUUCUUGUUAGUCACAAACUAUUUUCUUGAUUUUGCAUCCAGCCCCCCCAAAGGCCAUCUAUGGUAAGGCAUUUAUUUUUAUACCCACCCACCCGAAAAAAGACCAAGGAGCCCAAUUUCUGAUUUGUCUGUGUAUGUGCCAGGGCUGAUUCAUUGCUGAUUUAUUUUUGCCUGCCAGUUCAGAGUUGGCCAGGAGAGGACAACCUUCAUUCUGUGUUGACAUACUAGUGACCAUGCAUGUAUAGCAAGGCUCAUUCAGUGUUAAUGGGAAAAGUUUACCUUUUCACUUGAAAAUACUCUUGUUAUCUGCAUUUGAACUUAUUCACUGUCAUUGCCAGUGAUAUAGCCAUCAAAUCCAAUUUGACUGGGGGGCCAUUACCAGAGUGUAUUAUGAAUUUUUGCAAUAGUUUAUUUGCAGGUUAGCUGCAGCUAAUGCAAAAUGCUGCUACAUUGAAACUGGACCAUAUUACACAGAUCAUGAAAUAAUUGCACCAGCUUCCUAUGAGUCAUAGUGGCCAUUUUGGGUGCAAGUUCCAGCACAAAACGUCCAAUUAAUUUCCAUCCACACACAAAAAAAGAUCAAUAUGAAAAUAAAAGUAUUUUAUUUCAAAAGCAAGCAAAGUCCCAUUUAUUUGUUUGCAGAAGAAAGGGACCACAUUUUUAGUUGACAGUGAAAAGCCUCUGAAAAGGGUAGGUGUGUCUACUACCAUCACGGUAGGUGUGUCUACUUGAGCUCGCCGCAGUCAGCGAUGACCACUUUGGCUUUGGUUUUCCCACUGGAGGAACCUUGCUUUUCCAUGCUCUUCAGCACAGCCGUCCCCUCUAAAACUUUGCCGAACACCACGUGCUUCCCGUCAAGCCUGCACGCAAUACUGCCUGUGUUAGUAUUGGCACCAGCAAGGCAUUUUCAACAAAAAAUGAUCAUGAAGAGUGAGGUGGUCUUAGUUUACAAAAAAAAUGCUUUUCUAUUAUAACAAUGCAUCAAUAUUUUAUUUUCUUACAUCUGCCCAAUUUUUUAAGUAUUUAAAUCAUUGGUCCAAAAUUUCACUCAGCCCACCCUAAAAAUAGGCAGAAUAAAACUUUCCUUAAAAAAGUCAUGAGGGUUAAAAAAAAAAAAAAAAAAAAAAAUGAUCUGCCUUUAUUUUUUUUCUAGACUCAUUCACUGCCAGACCAGGUAUAUGUAUAGUAUUCACAGACUAUGUGUUGUGGAAGUUUGUAAAAGUAGAAGAAAAUGUGUUAGUUUUCUUGAAAAAUCACAUUGACAGCGAUAGAUGUUUAAUCCAUUUUGACUGGGAGAGCUAGUAAUCCAUUCGCUUUCAGCCCUCCCAGGCAAAAUGGACUGGUCGUCUAUUACAGUCAGUGCCAGCCAAUGAGUUAAUGGUGCCUGCAAAAAUUCGCAUUACAAGUGUAGCCCAGAAAAUUUUAACUCAUUAGCUACCAUUGACAGCAAUAUAUGCCAUCACGAAAUUGGAUUAGACAUUUUAUUCUAUCAAUUUCAACGAUCAACUACAAAAUUAUACGACAGGUUGAUUUAUCCAUAGGGAUUGGAUGUCGAUCGCUGUGCAAAAACAAUGGAAAGUAUUUUAUUGGAUGAGAUUUUUGGAUACAAUUUUCAGCCAAUGUCUCACCAGUCUGUUUUAUCGGUGCAGAGGAAAAACUGCGAGCCGUUGGUGUUGGGUCCGGCAUUGGCCAUGGAAAGUGUUCCAAAGCCUUCGUGCUUGAGCUGGAAGUUCUCGUCAUUGAAGGUCUCGCCGUAGAUGGACUUUCCUCCAGUCCCGUCGCCAUUGGUGAAGUCGCCACCCUGUGUCGGGUAAAAACGUUAGCUGGCUAGCGACAAGCUCCCACUUUAAAUUAAUAGAACGUCUAUUGCUAUUAAUGUCAGCCAAUGAGUUAAAAAUAAAAUUUGUUCUUCCUCUGACCAAGAUGCACCCUUCCACCAAUGAUUAUCACUAGAAGACGUCCAAUCCAUUUGAAGUGGGAGGGUCAAACGUUUAUUCUCUGCUACCCUCCCGCUACAGAUGGGAAUGGAAGUCGAUUGCUGUUAAUGGCAGACAAGGAGUUUAAAAAAUAUAUAUAUGGUUGAAAACACAGACAAGGCUGAAAAAGCAGUUUCUGCUCUUGCACCCCUCUUUAAAAUAAACUGCUGUACUUUAAGCCAAAAGAACUGUUGUGUUUGAUAGAACAAUAUGUCUAUAUGCUGCCAGAGCAGAUUCAUGUCGCAUUAACCCCUUCUUGCCAAAUGUAUCACAUUUUAUACGCUUAGAAUUUCAUGAUUUUGAGACUUAUUCAGAAUUUUGAAAUAUCUUUCCUCAAAAAAAAAAAAAAAUAAUAAUAAUAAUAGGUGCAAGUCAACUCAUGCAUCUGCAGGUUCCAUGAGAAAAAAAAACAGGAUUUAGCAAGGGAUAUUGAUAUUACAGGGCUUAUUACACAUAUUGAUUUUGAUCCAAAUGGAAUGGAAGUCUAUUGCUGUUAAAGGCA